CACUCAGUCAGUCUGGCCCGCGCCACCGUAGCGAGAGGAAGUAGUUUCGCUGCUCGUCCCGCCUCUCGUUCAGUGACUCGCCAGGGCCUAGUAUGCUGGUGCCGCGCCAAGCUCCUCCUGCAUAGGGCUGCCCUCUCCUCGACAGCACGUCCCUAGGGUGGCAGUGCAGUUGUGUGUAGAUGUGUGAGCCGCGCCGUGGUCGUGUGUUGGCGAGUAAAUGAAUUGGAGGAGGAGGCGGUGCACGUGUGGGGGUGAAGGAGGAGGAUGAGGCUGGUCUGAACACGCCCGCCCUCAUGGUAGCUGCAGGCCUGUGUGUUUCUGCCGCCCUGACUCGUGCGGGCGUGUGGCGGCGGCCGCGGGCGUGAAGGAAGCAGGAGAGGCUGUCAGUGGCUCAGGAUUCUAGAGGAGUAGAGGAAGGAGGAGCAGGAACAGCAGCAGUAGGGAAGGAGAUAGAGAGUGAGGGAUUUGAGUGACCUUGAAUUGCACUGUUUGGAUUGAUUGACGGAGUUACGGUGACACUUGGAAGUGAAGGAGGCGAUGAAGUGACGGGGACACCGCUGUGCUGGAGACACUUGAAGGCAGGCAGGAGUAGUGGUAGCGGCGGCGGCGGCGGCAGUGGCGGCGGGCGUCCACCAUGACACUCAAGACGUGGCUCUCCGGGGCACACACGCCCGCCCAUAAACACACCAAGGCCUCCGUUGACAUCCUGCACUCUCACGAGGUUGCACCCACCCCCCAGGGGGGUGGCGGGUGCAAGGGCGUCACUUCACUGCCCAACGGUGACGUGACGCUGCGACGAGGCCUCAAAAACCCUUUCUCGGCCCUCACGCGGGCGGGCGGGCGGGAGUGGCGGGUGCGGAGCGUCGAGGACGUGCUGGACGCGGAAGGAGGUGACUACGGGUUUCUGGAAUACUACUCCCUCAGGAGGACGUCAUCGCGAGACACCUCCCUCACUGACUCCCGGGCGCCCCUCACCUACGGCACCUGGAGCCACCUGGGUGGGACGUGGAGCCGCUGGGCGGAACAAAACUCGGCUCAGUUCUACCCCGCCACGCUCGGCCGCGGGGACAAACCUGAACGCAAGCGCGCCCUCAAGGAGCACCGGCCCCGCAGCCAUCACCUGGACGAGGCGUGGCGCCCUGAGGAGAUCCGCACCUCCACGCCGCUCUCCUCCACCACGCCCUCCAUCCACGACCACGCCGCGCCCACUGCGCAGGCCAAGCAGCCCCGUCCGCAGCCUUCGGAGAGCAGGACGGAGUCCUCCAGAAGAGGAAUUUCCAAGCGAAACUCUCUGCUAUGGCGGCUGCGGCCUGACCGGUGGCGGAGCGUGGAGGGCUCGCUUCGCAGGGCGCGCAGCCGCGACGAUGGCCUCGACGUGGGUCGUGGUCACCGCAUAAGUGACCUGGGAGCCUCGCAGCCUGACCUGCUAACCUCGCACCGCGCCCCCAGUGAUGCAGGUUAUUGUGACUUGGUGCCUCCUGCCCCGCUCUCUAUCCUGCCUCCCACCACCCGCCGCGCCGCACACAGUGAAACUCUGCCACGCCGCACGCGGCACUCCAGCAAGGACAGCAACACGCUGCUGGCUCGUGGUCGUCGCUGGCUGCAUUGUUCUAGCCUGGGCCGCGCUGACCGCGUCGCUGACAGGAGUGACUCCGAGCUGACUGUUGAGCCUGAGACCAUCAGGCCGCACCGCAACUCCGGCAACAACAACAACAACAACAACAACUGCAGCAGCAGCAGCAACAACAACACUAGCAUCAGCAACAACAAUAGCAAUUACUACAGCAGCAACAGCAGUCACAAUCACAGCAACAGCCACAGCAGCAGCAGUCACAAUCACAAUACCAGCCACAGUAGUAGCAGAAACCUCAAUAGCAGCAAGAGUUUCAACAGUAACAGCAAUAACAACAGCGACAACAACAACAAUAACAAGCUGUCCUCCGCCAGCAAGAGUGUCAGCCACCGCAACACCCUCAACAGCCUGUCCCUGAGCGGCCCCCGUGCCCUGGGCAGUCUGGGACGGGAGGCGGGCGAGACUGAACUGAGGCGGCGAGGACGAGCCAGGUCUCGACGGCCUCGCACCUUCUACCUGCUUGAAGACUACCUCUCCCCAGUGCGGGCAGCGGGCGUGGCCCCCGCGGGCGUGGUGCUGGACGAGUACGUGAGCCACGCACCGCGCCUCGUCUUCAGGGAGGGUGCCCAUGAUACUCCACAGAGGCCCUUGCCGCCCACCCCGGAAUGGGACACGCCCUCCCUCUCGCCCCCGUCCAGCGUGAUGACCGGCCACUACUCCACGCCGCUGCAGCCGCACCACCACCAUGGCAGUGGCUGCGGCGGCCACAGCCUCUUCGUGGACGCCAUCAUUCCCUCGCCCUCCAAGAGCGGCGGGUCCAGCCUAUACUCCCCCGUGUUCUCCCCAAGGGACUCUGGCUAUCCGCGCUUCGUCACCCCAGAGCUCGCCCUUCCAGAGCUCUCCCUGCCCGACCGGGCUCCCCCGCCCGUCUCCGGCCUGCCCCAGUCCACCCAUGCUCUCUACACCCACUCCCACACCCAGAGCCAGAGUUACCGCAGUCUAGACCGAGAAGACCGACGUAGAAUUCGAGAGUCUCGCAAGAGCCCCGCCCACCACCGAGAUGCCGCCCUACACAAACUGGGACGCACAGCCACCGCCUCCCGCCCGCCACUCUCCAGUAAACUCCGCCAGAACGGCCUCCUCUCAGCCCAGAAACUGCCGGUGCUCACCAACAAGAGCAGCUCCUCGUCCCGCGUCAACCUCCCCCACGACGCGUCUUGCCACCACGAAGGCGACACCGGCGGAGGAGGCGGCGGCGGGGGACGGACCAGGGAGGCAGGAGGGGGAGGAGGAGGAGGAGGAGGGUCGACCGGGGGCCAAGGGGGGGCUGGCUCCCUCCCGGUGCUGAAUAAUAACAAGGGCGAGCUCAACGUUGACUCCCCAAGACCCUCCAGACUCAGCUCCUGCAAAGCUUCUUCGUCCUCCUCCUCCUCCCCCUCCUCCACCUCCAACGCCGCCGCCGCCACAGCCUCCUCCAACAGACCCCCGACCUCUGCCCACCACCACACCCUACCUCUGUCUCCUCAGGAGGCCCUCAAGACUUACGGGGACCUGCUGUCGGAGUACGAGCGGCGGGAGAUCGAGGCGUAUCCUGAAGUGUACUACCUCGGGGUGGACGCCAAGAAGAUUCACGGGGAGGAGGGGGCACAGUUGAACGGCGGCUACGAUGACGAGAACGGCAGCUACAACAAGGUGAUGCAUGACCACAUCAGUUACCGCUACGAGAUCCUGGAGGUGAUCGGCAAGGGCUCCUUCGGACAGGUGAUCCGGGCCAUCGACCACAAGACAGGCGACCAUGUGGCCAUCAAGAUCAUCAGGAACAAGAAGAGGUUCCAUCACCAGGCGCUCGUGGAGGUCAAGAUUCUGGAUCACUUGAGGCGGCGAGACCUGGACCAACACCACAAUGUCAUCCACAUGCUUGACUACUUCUACUUCCGAAACCACCUGUGCAUCACCUUUGAGCUCAUGGGCCUGAACCUGUACGAGUUGAUCAAGAAGAACAGCUACCAGGGCUUCAGUCUGAGUCUCAUCAAGCGGUUCGCCUACUCGCUAGUGCAGUGCCUCAAGCUGCUGCACCGAGAGAAUAUCAUCCACUGUGACCUCAAGCCCGAGAACGUCCUACUAAAGCAGCGAGGGAGUAGCAGCAUCCGCAUCAUUGACUUUGGCUCCUCCUGCUACGUCCACCAGAGAGUCUACACGUACAUCCAGAGUCGCUUUUACCGCUCCCCAGAGGUCAUCCUGGGCCUCCCCUAUGGCCUGCCUAUUGACAUGUGGAGUUUAGGCUGCAUCUUGGCAGAGCUGUACACCGGCUAUCCACUGUUCCCUGGCGAGAAUGAAGUUGAGCAACUGGCGUGCAUCAUGGAGGUGCUGGCGCUGCCCCCCCACCACCUCCUUAUCGCUGCAUCCAGGCGCAGGCUCUUCUUUGACUCCAAGGGCAACCCCCGUUGUGUCACCAACAGUAAGGGCAAAAAGCGUCGGCCAGGCUCGCGUGACCUCGCCUCCGUCCUAAAGUGUUCAGACUCUCAGUUCGUCCACUUCAUUUCCCGCUGCCUUGAGUGGGACCCCUCUGUCAGAAUGACCCCAGAGGAGGCACUGCAGCACGAUUGGCUCCUCUCCUCCCACUCCUCCACUGUCUCCUCCUCACCUCCAUCGGGAUCUGUGGGCGGUUCGGAAAGGCGGUCGGGUGUGGUGAACGGUGGCCCAGCGGGACAUCCCAGGAGACAUGGCCCCAUCACUCAGGACUCCACCGAGGACGAGAACUACAGUCUCUAUAAGGUUUACAAGGGGAAGCGCCACAGAGACAUCAAUGUGACUGUGGCAGAGAGUGGGGCAAAGCAGGACUGUACUUCCUCCAAUGCAAACACCACCACCACUGCCACAACCACCAUGGCUACCACCAUUUCCACCACCACUACCACCACUACCUCCACCACUGGUGUCAAUGGCAAUCCAGAGACAACCUCCACCGAAAACUCCCUGGACGACUCAGGCACAUUUCUGCCUCCCAUCCUCUAAGGACGAGAUGAGGGCGAGGCACGGCAAUGUACUUCCUCUCCUGGAAGGGACUCGGAUGCCCCACGGGGCACCCAGUGGGCCGCUGGAUGGGUUGGGCCACACCGCACAGUGUGUGGAGGACCAAACCCACCAAGUUUUCACAGUGGCUGGUACAAUGGCUCUAGUGAUAUCUGACUUGUAACAUUAUUUUAUAGAAAGGUGUAAGCAGAGAAAUUAAAUAUUUUAUAAGUGUUAAGUGAUCAAUGACUAUAUUAGUAAUGUAAAUGGUCUUGUCAGGAAAACACACAACCUACUAGUCCUGUGUGGACUUUCUGCAAGAGACUGCCUGUGAACAAAGUGUAACCCAAUGUGCCCUAUGCUGUGUAUAGAUCUAGCUGCAGUGUGUUAGGUGUGGCCCCUCCCUCCUUCAUCCCUACCUCCAGUACCUUCCCUCACUGCUCAGUCCCACACUCUCUAAGACAAGGGGCCUCUUUCCCUCUCAGACCUUUGUCCCUCAACAUUGGUUCCCUUCCUCUUUUCAUACACAUAACUGUUAACAUUAUAAUGAAUUCUCCUUACACUAUUACUAGACCCAUAAGUUUCUUUCUCAUAUUCUUAUUCAUUAUAGUUGAUUAAGUUUAUUCUGUAAAAUUCUGAAUUCAUCUUCAAAACAUGUCUUUAUUUUUAAUUCCCUGUGUAAUUUCCAUUGGAUGAAAUAUGUAAUAUUUUUUUUUGUGUAUGCAGUCAUCUGGGAGACAGAAUUGUUGGCUCCUCUGUUUUCUCUUUCCUGAGUGCCACCUACUUUGCAUCAGUGAGGCCUAUGCAAUAUGGUAUUAGCCCUAGCAUUUCCUUUCCUUGUCCCACAAUGGCUGGCCUCACUUGUACAGGAGGUAAGGGACCUUCAAGCUUGAGUAAGCAAGGUGGAAAUACUAGAUGUGAACAAAAAAAUGUUGCAGUACAAGUUGCAAAAGUUUCAGUAUUGUCAUCUUCCCUUGGUUAUACAGGCCUUUUGUUUCUUUGUGAAAUUACCAAUUGUAAUUAACUAUGAUGAAACACGAAUAACUUUUUCUCCUGUGAGACUCAGCCUUAUCGCAGCUCUGUGAUAGCCUUAACAUAUCUCCUAAUAAGCCUUACCAAAGAUUCACCAAAGAUGUAUCUUUUGUACCCUUGUCAUGUCUGCCUACAUAGGCAACUUUUAGUCUCCAAACCACAAUUUCUGCAUUAGGGCCACAAAUACCGAGCCAAUCAGUCACAGGUCUGAGGGUUUGCCUGCAGACACUCUGGUCCUGGGCCACCCAAGGCACCCACAUUCCAGCCACUUGCUUGGGCAGUGACUUGGCCAGUGGACUGCAGUCUGGCUGGUGGGGUGCAGAUGUUUAAUUGCCAUUUCUGUUAGAGGUUUCAAAUCAGUGAAUAGAUAAUUUGAAACAUUAAUGGAAAGCAAAAUAAAUUAAUCAUUAUAUUACCACGUAAACAAAGAAGAAAACAGUCGCAUAUUUUCUCUUAGCCAAUUUUACAUUCUUAGAAAUCGUAAGGAAGAAACGAGCUGGUUGUGCGUCACCACACUUGCCGCGCAGAGGUCAGUGCGGCAAAGGGAAACAUGCAGAGACAGUCAUCCCGGAGGUGAAAUACCGCGUGUCAUGUGUACCUCCAUGUGCUGAGAUGCACAUGAAGGCUGUGUGUUCCACAGUCAGCAGGAGAUGGUCCAGGUCCCCCCAAGGUGACAUGCCACACAAAAGAACUUCCCUUCAUUACAUUUCCUGCCAAUGAUUUAUUCCAUUUCAUUCAGAAACAAAUCAAAACUUAUGUAAGUAAAACUGACUUUGCUUGAUUUUUUUUUACCAUGUGAUGAAGCAAUACACCAAGUGACAGCAUAUGAGUGAGUGACCUACGAGUCACAGGCCGUGCAAGUGUGUGACGGGGAAGGUCAUUCAGGCAGGCAAGGUCAAUUAGACCAUCUCAUGUGGAGCAUUUACACACUGUCCUAUGUUUUUUUUUUUUUUUUUUUCUCCUCAAGGAGUGUAAAUUGAGUAAAUCUGAAGGUGUGGCAAGAGCAGCACAGGCAAUGUGAGCGGAAAGCAGGGCAAGGCAGGCAGUGUUAGUGCCGGGAUCCAAUGCUGUCACUGAGUUAGGAUGUGCUCAAGGGUAUUUUCUGAAAUUUACCUGCAGUGGAAAUAUUUUAGAUGUAAUAAUAGAUUUAGUCACAUCACUAACGUCAUAUUGUCGUCUGAGAUAAGACUGGCAAUCACUGAUUUUAUUUAUCAUAUUUCAUAGUCUAUUUUAGCUACAGAUGUGUACAGACCAUUCUGUACUUAUCACUUCAGUGUUGGGGCGAACCAAGAAAAUUAAUCAUUUUAACAAGUUUAGCUUUUUUAUAGUUUCAUGGAUAUCUAGUAAUUGUAAUUUUUUAUUAAUAUUAUUAUUAUUAUUAUUAUUAUUAUUAUUAUUAUUAUUAUUAUUAUUAAUAUUAUUAUUAUCAUUAUAUUAGUAUUAUCACUAUGACCACCAUUACUGUAAUAGACAUUAUCAUUGUUAUUAUUGGCAUGAUUGUUGCUAUCACUACUACUCAAGCUGAUGAGGCUCAGCAACUGGUGCUCACACUACUGAACAAUCUUCCACUAAAAAAAGAAUAAUUUUUGAUUUGCUGAUAUGUAUCUUUGAUGUUCUUUUAUUAUUGUUGAUGAUUUUUAAUUGUUUGCUUUUAUGUUAAUUCACAACAAGGGUUUUUUAAUUCAUGCAUAAUCUAGUGUCAGCAAACAAGCAGUUCUUUGGGAUAGAUUCACACAGAUAAUUGUGUUCACAAGCAAUCCAUGCAGCUCUCUUGAAUUAAACAUAAAGGAACACACACACACACACACACACACACACACACACACACACACACACACACACACACACACACACACACACAAACAUUUUACUGCUGGUAUUUAACAAUGAGGAGAAAGCCUGUUAGAAGUGAUGUUCUGUGUGGUGUUUUCUGCAUGGACUGGCUGCCAUGUGUUUAUUGAAGGGCAGGAGGCAGCAGACAGUAGUCUGUUGAGAUGGUCACCUCACUGUGGUGGCAGUGCACAAGGCAGUGACAGGGAGAUAGUGUUCAUUGUUUCUGGAAAGGUCUGAUAAGUUACAGAUAAGGUGAAUCCUUUCCAGCCACUCAUGAAAGGACAGUGUACAAGCUGAAAUACAAAGACAUUUUUCUUUUGUAGUGACACAUACAGUCUCUUGGAAAUUGAGCUUGGAAGUGUACAUACAUGAGUGGCAAGUAGAAAGUGUCAAGAUACAUAUGCUGCUUGAAGGAGAGAGAGAGAUGUGCUGCUAGGAUCCCAUUUAAGUGACUCAGGAUUCUUGUAGUGGUUUCCACAGUGCCGGCAGCCGUGUGUUAGGCUAGCCAGCAUGUCCCGAUGUGUAAUUCGGUGUAUUCUAAUUGAGCCUUUAUACGUCUGAGAUUAAAGGCAAACAGUUUCUUUUCUAGUUUUCAUCAGAGGCAUAUUUAUUUCCUUUGCUGAUCUUCAGUAUUUUGUUCUUUAAUGUAUGAAUAUAUAUAUAUAUAUAUAUAUAUAUAUAUAUAUAUAUAUAUAUAUAUAUAUAUAUAUAUAUAUAUAUAUAUAUAUAUAUAUAUAUGCAAAAAAAAAUCACCGCUCUCAGUUUCUUAUCUGCUCUUUCUUGUAGUUCUCAAAACCAGAUGACUCUUGAAUUUCAAUGAAUUAAUGAUUUUCAAAAGGAGAAGUGAGGCCCAAGUUCCCUGUUCCAUGUACACGAGUGGUUUGUAUUGAGGUGGAAGACCAGCUGAUUGUGUGUGACAUCCUGCAGAGGUAGGAAUUGAGCCUUGGCCAGAUCCAGUCACCAAUCAUUUUCUUACGUCGUGUUGUCUGUUCCACAUUUCUGUACCAAGACCCUUGGCCUCUGUGUUGUAUUGUAUCACAUCUUACUGUAUAUUUAUUAAAUUCGCCCUGACUCAUAAGUAAAUAACUUAAAUA